AUGGCCGACACCAUAGCCACGGCCGAGGCCACGACCCCGAGGUCCAAGCGGACCCAGGCUCAGCUCGAGCACCCCGUCAAGUCGGACAAGAUGCCGCCGAUGGACGAGAACAGCGCCUUUGCCGUCGCCCAGGCCGGCGGCUGGGAGAUCGACGCCCUCAUCGACGAGAUGGAGCAGCAGGUCGAGGCCACCGGCGGCAUGCGCAAGAGCCUCUUGGACCUCGAGUUCAAGAACCCCAAGCACUUCACCUGGGUCAUCGUCGCCUUCGCCUCCAUGGGCGGCCUGCUGUCCGGCCUGGACCAGUCGCUGAUCUCCGGUGCCAACCUGUACCUGCCCAGGGACCUCGGCCUGGACACGCGGCAGAACAGUCUCGUCAACUCGGCCAUGCCCCUCGGCGCCGUCGGUGGCGCCAUCAUCCUGUCCCCCUGUAACGAGUACUUUGGUCGCCGCUGGUCCAUCAUCAUUUCCACCAUCCUCUACACCAUCGGCGCCGGCCUCGAGGCCGGUUCCAUCAACUACGGCAUGAUCGUCGCCGCCCGCGUCAUCCUCGGCCUCGGCGUCGGUCUUGAAGGCGGCACCGUCCCCGUCUACGUCGCCGAGACCGUCGACCGCAAGGUCCGCGGCAACCUCGUCUCGCUCUACCAGUUCAACAUCGCCCUCGGCGAGGUCCUCGGCUACGCCGUCGCCGCCAUGUUCCUGCACGUCCCCGGCAACUGGCGCUACAUCCUCGGCUCCUCGGUCGUCUUCUCCAUCGUCAUGUUCGCCGGCAUGCUCUUCCUGCCCGAGUCCCCCCGGUUCCUGAUGCACAAGGGCGACGCCCUGGGCGCGUACCGCGUCUGGAAGCGCAUCAGGGGGGUCGACACGCGCGACGCCCGCGAGGAGUUCUUCAUCAUGAAGGUCUCGGUGCUGCACGAGCAGCAGGUCGUCGCCGAGGGCGCCGUCAACCGCCGCUACCCCUGGCUCGACUUCUUCACCGUGCCGCGCGCCCGCCGCGCCCUCGUCUACGCCAACACCAUGAUCCUGCUCGGCCAGCUGACGGGCGUCAACGCCAUCAUGUACUACAUGUCGGUGCUCAUGAAGCAGAUCGGCUUCGACGACGAGCGCGCCAACUACAUGUCCCUCGUCGGCGGCGGCUCCCUGCUCAUCGGCACCAUCCCGGCCAUCUUCCUCAUGGAGCGCUUCGGCCGCCGCUUCUGGGCCAACGCCAUGCUGCCCGGCUUCUUCGUCGGCCUCGUCAUCAUCGGCGCGAGCUACCACAUCGACCCCAAGACGAACCUGCCCGGCGCCGAGGCCUGCUACCUCAUCGGCCUGAUCCUCUACAUGGGCUUCUUCGGCUGCUACGCCUGCCUGACCUGGGUCGUGCCCUCGGAGGUGUACCCGACCUACCUGCGCUCGUACGGCAUGACCACCUCGGACGCCCUGCUGUUCCUCGCCUCCUUCGUCGUCACGUACAACUUCUCCGCCAUGCAGGAGGCCAUGACGCCCACCGGCCUCGCCCUCGGCUUCUACGGCGGCAUCGCCGUCCUCGGCUGGUUCUACCAGCUGCUCUUCAUGCCCGAGACCAAGGACAAGACCCUCGAGGAGAUCGACCUCAUCUUCCAGAGGCCCACCCGCGAGAUCGUGGCCGAGAACGUCAAGAACAUCCUCGACAGCCUGAGCCGCCUGUGCGGGAGGAGGGGUGCCAAGGCCGAGGCUCCUGCCUCUGGCGUCGCUGAUGGCGAGAAGGACAAGGUGCAUGAUGUCUGA